CGAACUGACCGAGGAAACGGGAGGUGGCAGACGUUACCAGGACUUGGCAGCAGUGAAGCGAGCACAACCGGCUGGGAGGAAGUUCUCGUUAAAUACAGCUGCCGACCCUCGUCAGCCAUAACAACAUCAGCCAUCAACGCCAUCAGCAGUCGCCAGAUGCGCGCGCAUGCGCAACAACGCAAUAGUGAAAAGCCAGACGCAUAGCUGGACCGCGGUUUCAUCAGCAGAGGAUACUGGUCAAACCGUCCUCGUUAUCCGAUCUUAUAAUCAAACUGAAAGAAAGACAUUAAACCAGUAAUUCCUCUUGAUUGAAAAAGAAAGUAAAACCUAUCGGAAAACCGCCCACCGGAGCAGCAGAACUCCUCCGCCUACACAUAUAAACUCGACGAGCUCGCAGUGAUCAGUUUAGCAAGUGGAUGACAAUGGCGCUGCUAUGGGUCGCUGCAGUCCUGUUGAUAUCCGUGUGUUCUGCGAUGCCUCCUUUCGGAAACGGCUUCUUUCCAGGAAAUAGACAUUAUCCGCGCUGCAGCUCGGCAUCAAAGCCCUGUCGGAUCAAGGUGGACAUGCACCGCAUCUCCGCCACCACGGAGACGAUAGCCGCUGAACUGUGCAGCUGCCCCGCCAGCAAACCUUGCUCCACGGACUGGGAGGGGGACGCCAGUCGCGUCAUCACCCGCGAGCUUGCAACCACCAACUCAGACACGGACAUGACUUUGAGCAUGAUGUUCUGCAACGAAGUUCAGCCUCCAACGCUCUGCACUGACAAUGAAACGGCCCUGGAGGUCACUGGACUGUCCACCCUCCCCCAGGAAGUUGACGUCUUCCGCUGCGCUUGCGCGGAUUCGCGACCGUUGGUUAUCGACGAGAUGUACGUUGAUUCUGCCCACUUCCGCCACAUGAAAUAUGUCUGCCCAAAUUUCAAGAGGCGGUGCAACAUACGAAGAACUAACCGAGAUGAAUGCACGUUGUUCAGUGACGAUGGCAACCGUAUACACUAUCCUUGCAAGUGUCCCAGCAGAACCAGCUGCGAACCUGAUUUCUCCAUUCCCUACGAGACAACCCCUGUGCACAGAUGCGUCUGGCAGUGAUUGACAAACAAGAUUGAGGAAGACUGGGCGACGAUGCUCGAGCCCUGAGUACUCAGUGAUAAUCUGACGACAUGUGACAGUUAUUGCUUGGCUUGUUUUCGUUUGUUUCUGAAGACUGUAGGCUUUAAAAAAAAAUUGGAAUACGUGGAAAAGAACUCUUCCUGAGAAAGAAUAUUUGAGAAGAAGGAAGGGGACACGUGGUGUCAAUACCAAUCUUUGAAGUCGAGAAUAACUGAUGUGCUUUAGAUGCUUUGUUAAAUAUUUGAUUAUUUUUGACAUUUCUGUAAACUUUUUUCUUUCGUUGUUCAAUAUUUGUGUCAAAAUCAUAAACAAAGGCCGUAAUCGUAAGUAAUUCUAAGUGCCGAUGACUGAAAGUGCCAGUAUUCGCGAUUAAUAGAACCUAGAUUCUCCUCUAGAGGCACGUUUUACGAAUAUCAGAGACAAGUUCCGGUUUAACUCCAUUUUCCACCCCGCAGCAUUAUUCGUGCAAGAACUAGUUCACGUGCACAAACGCACAAUCAUUGAAAACAACAUUCCUAGAUUAAUACGUGGUUCAUUUGUUUUAACUUUUGAGAAACAACUUAGAAAUAAUAGCCAUGAUUUUUUUUUGAAAAGUUUGAUCACAUAUUUUAGUAAUUAUCAAGUGUUAGGUGAUAAAAAUAAGUGAUUCAAGAGACCGUUAGUUUUUGAUGUUUUCUCUUAAUUAUUUUUUUCCUUCAAUACGAUUGCUUUUUUUUUUUUUUAAUGGAAUGAUCUACAAGUAUAAACUGACAACUUCCACCUCCACCCUACCAAUAAAUAAUUUUGUGAGGGGCGGGGAAAAUUUUCUAAAACGUUUUUAACAUGAAUUCUCCUGUCAAAACUUUAAGCUCAAAGGAACACGUGGGAAACUAACAAAAGACAGUCAAUACCCUCCCCCCUGAAAAGGUCACAGGUCAAGCUAACUUUGAAGUGGAUGACAUCCUCAUGCUGCCCGGUGGAGCGCAUGCGCCUUGUGGCGAGCUGGAGACUUCCUCUCUCUCAUCUCGCCACGCAUUCUAAGAGGCUCUGGCAUCUUUCCGUUUGACACUAGAAGUGGUCACGUGAGUGCUUUGAUGACGUGGUUCUCCUGCUCCAUCACCGCCCUCAUCAGCAGUCGACCACAACCACCACCUGUAUUUACCCCUAUAAUUAAUCUUGCUGUUGAUGUAUUGUCCAAACUUUAAUUGCGCGAAGGAAGUAUUAUUUCAAUAUUCGGUGUAAAAUUUAAAAAUUGAAUUUUCAAAAAGUAUGAGAUUCUUCUUCGCAAUCCACUUCUAGCAAAGAGCAGUGCUUAUCUUAGCAGUUCUUGUUGUCAUCGGCACUCUGAUCACAUACAUUUUGAUGAUAAGGCGCCACUUAAGACGUGUCAAACAGAACAAUAUUUUGCUCAUUAUUAUUGAGAACACAUCUGAGUAUCCCCCUGAGAUGUGUUGGUUUUGUUGGGUUUUUUUUUACACACGGAACGGCAUAUAUUCACCUAUAUUAUACUGAUUAUUACAUUUCAAUGUGUAUAAAUUUCAGCGCUCUGCAAUUUUAAAUGAACUGUAUCAUGAAGCAGCCGAAAAUGUGACUGCAGCAAAAGCUGAAUUACUGUGUAAGCCUUCAUACCAGUUCCCUACCCCCCCAUCCCGACCGAAUUAAAAAAAAUACAUGUGAAAUUUAUCGCCACAGACCUUACAUAAGACUGUAUAUGGUCCGUGGGAUAAUGAGAUAAAAUUGAUUGAAAUAAUA